AUCAUUCGUCGUAGUAUAAAAAGGCCCGAACUCUCAUUUCCAAUACUCAACCCAACACACAGGUCCUUUUCUUCUGCUUCUUCUUCUUCUUCUUCUUCGUCUCUUUUCUCCGGCGAGGAUUCGCCGGAAAACUACUCCGGCGGUGGCUCUGGAUUGAUUGAACAGAGCUUUGAGCUUGGGUUCUAUGGUGUUUUGAAUGGUUUGUGGCAAUGCCUUGCAGAGGCGAAAUGGUUUCGGGAAGAAGUGUUGAAGGAGUUUGAAGGAUUGUGAAGGGGCGAUUUUGGAGUGUGGUGACUCUGUGAGUUUACUUGAAUCGAAAGGACGAGUGGGUUUAACUGGCGUGAAAAUGUCUUUUCAGAAUAAGAGCUUUUGGAUGCCAAGGGAUGCAGGUUGUCUAACUGAUGGAGACAUAAAUUAUGAUACUUCGUCAAGAAUUGAACCAAAGCGUGCUCACCAGUGGUUCAUGGAUGCUUCUGAACCAGAACUAUUCUGCAACAAGAAGCAAGCGAUAGAAAAUGUCAACAGCAGAACAAUGUCAGAAAUUCCAAAUGCAAACAUUUCUCUAUGGGAUAACAAUUCAAGUUUUCAGACGGUCCCAGGGCAGUUUACUGACCGCCUAUUUGGAUCUGAGAUUGCAAGGCCUUUCGAUCUUAUUGAUAAGAGCAUUCCUGAUGUUGGUACAGGGAGCUCAAAUGUUGAAAGAAGGGGUUUUGAGGAUCAAUUUGGAAGCAAUUCCUCAGUCGGUUUAUCUAUGUCCCACACAAUGGAAGAUCCCUCAUCGUGUCUCAAUUAUGGAGGAAUUAGAAAAGUAAAAGUCAAUCAAGUUAUGGACUCUGAAAAUGGCAUGUCUGUAUCAAUGGGACACCCCUAUACUAGGGGGGAUAACAAUACUAUUUCGAUAGGCAAUGCCUAUAAUAAGAUUGAUAACAACAUCUCACUGGGCACAACUUACAAUAGUGGGAACGAGGGUACCAUUUCAAUGGGCCCUACCUUUAAUAAGGCGGAUGACAGUUUUAUUCCGAUGGGUCACACAUUUAACAGAGGAGAUGGCAAUUUUAUGUUGAUGGGUCAUAAUUUUGACAAGGGAGAUCCCAGUAUCUUAUCAAUGGGUCAGCCCUUUGACAAGGGAGAUGAUGGUUUCAUAACAAUGGCUCAUCGAUAUGAGAAGGGAAAUGGCAAUAUCAUAUCUGCUGGUCCUGCUUAUAACAGGGGGCAGGAGAAUUUCAAUUCAAUGGGUUCUGCCUAUGACAAAGCGAAUGAAAAUUUCAUUUCAAUUGGUUCUUCUUAUGACAAGGGGGGUGAUAAUAUCAUAUCCAUGGGUCCAACUUCUGACAAGGCAGAUACUAGUGUUGUAUCAAUGGGUAUCAACUAUGACAAGGGAAAGUCCAGCAUUCUAUCUAUGGGACAGAACUACAAGAAGGGUGAGAGCAGUACUAUAUCUUUUGGAGGCUAUCAGAAUGAACCUGAAACAAAUCCCUCAGGUGGAAUCAUUAGUGGCUAUGAUUUGUCGGCAAGUCAGCCCUAUGAUCAAACUUCGAAUGCACCUGGACAGCAAGAAUCGGUUGAGCACAAUACUGGUCUAGUUGCAAGUGUUGCUCCUGCAACAGCUUCUAAAACCAAUGCCAACCCGAAGAAUAAGGAGCCAAAGCCACCUAAGAAAGUCCCUCCCAAUAACUUUCCUUCUAAUGUCAAAAGCUUGUUAUCAACUGGGAUGCUUGAUGGAGUUCCUGUGAAGUAUGUUUCCUGGUCACGGGAGAAAAAUCUUAAAGGAAUUAUAAAAGGGACUGGUUAUUUGUGUGGCUGCAAAGAUUGCAAGUUCACCAAGGCCCUGAAUGCUUAUGAGUUUGAGCGUCAUGCUGGCUGUAAGACCAAGCAUCCGAAUAAUCACAUUUACUUCGAGAAUGGAAAGACCAUCUAUGCAGUGGUCCAAGAGCUGAAGAGUAGUCCUCAGGAGAUGCUGUUUGAAGCAAUUCAAAAUGUGACUGGAUCUCCCAUAAAUCAGAAGAAUUUCCGCAUAUGGAAAGCAUCAUAUCAAGCUGCAACUCGCGAACUUCAGCGUAUCUAUGGGAAGGAUGAAGUGAUCGUGCCAUCUUGAUUUGUGAACUUGGCCUUUUUCAAAUUUGUGAUCUGUGAAUAGGUUGCCUACACCAAUAUGGUGAACUUGUGAAUUUGGUUUGGAAAAUUUUAGGUGUUUUGGUGAGAGAGAACUGCUUCUUGCUAUUUAGCUUUGAACCUUUUCAUAUAGACCUUAAUUUUAUUGUGGCUUUUUUGGACAUGAUUUUGGCUCUUAGGAAGAGAGUUUGACUUUGAAUGUGUUGGAAAUGUGAAAUUUGGAUUAAAGCAAUCAAUCAACUUCCUGAGUUUAGUCA